GAACCACAGACCAAGAAGUUCCCUCCAGUUUGUAAGCUCGUUUCCGAAAAGAGCUCUAGAGCCGCCACACACACACAGACACCAUGGCACCGCGUUCUCUGCUGGCAGUGCUCGCCGUCGCCGCCCUCGCGUUCUUGCACGCCGCCUCGGCCAAGUCGUCGUGGCUUGACAGGAGGUUCACCACGGACGGCACCGUCCGCACGGGAUACGACGAUUCGGGCCAGCAGGUGGUGAUGCUCCGCCUCGACCAGCACUCCGGCGCUGCCGGCUUCAACUCCAAGGAGCAGUACCUUUACGGCGAGUUCAGCGUCGAGAUGAAGCUCAUCCGGGGGAACUCCGCCGGCACCGUCUCGUGCUUCUACCUCUCUUCCGGCGACGGCGACGGGCGCGACGAGAUCGACAUGGAGUUCAUGGGCAACUCGAGCGGGCAGCCGGUGGUGCUGAACACCAACGUGUGGGCCAGCGGCGACGGCAAGAAGGAGCACCAGUUCGACCUCUGGUUCGACCCCUCCGCCGACUACCACACCUACACCAUCAUCUGGAACCCGACCAACAUCCUGUUCAAGGUCGACGACCUCUUCAUCCGCUCCUUCAAGCGCUACGCCGACCUGCCGUACCCGAGCUCCAGGCCCAUGACGCUGCACGCCACGCUGUGGGACGGCAGCUACUGGGCCACCGAGAAGGGCAGGGUCGGCAUCGACUGGUCCGACGCGCCCUUCGUCGUCUCCUACCGCAGCUACUACGCCAGCGCCUGCGUCAGCGGCGGCGCGUGCCGGGCCGCCGGCAGCGGCGGGUGGAUGAACAGGCAGCUUGACAGCGCCGAGUGGGGCACCGUCAGGUGGGCGGAGCGCAACUUCAUGCGCUACAACUACUGCCAGGAUGGGUGGAGGUUCCCGCAAGGACUCCCCGCCGAGUGCGCCCGCCACUGAUAUGCGUCCGCCGGUUAAUUCUUUGUUUUGUUGGGUAUUCUUUUUUUUUCUACGGGUAUAUGAUUCUUGCUCUUCUUUGUGGAUUUGUGAUUAAAAAGCAGCCCUGCAGCUAGCAACGUGUGGGCGGUUGUUGUACACCUAGCUUUUCCUAAAUCAAGCAUGUAUUUUUUUUAUCGUGCCUUUGGAUACAGGCAUGCAGCAUAUAUAGUAUUGUUGUGAGUCGUGAAAAUUAUUUUUUUUCCUAGUGAUCACUGAGAUGUAUAAAUGGUGAACUUUAAAUCUUUAA